AUGGGAAUCUCGCACUCAAGUGACCCAUCGCAGCAAUUCUCGCAAAUGCUCCAGCUACAACCUUAUGCCUCAUCAUUAGCCACUCAAGUGAACGACCGUCAUUUCCACAGUCCUAACAAGUCAGAAGACAUCAUGAACUCACGAGACCAGGCGGCCCCAGAGGACGACCCCCUGUCCGAGCUCAUCACCACCUACAACGAGCUCAACGGCGCCUUCAUCGAGGAACUCGACGAGGAGCCGAGCCCCCUCGAGUUCAUGCGCUACGUCGCCCGCAACACACCCUUCGUCGUCCGCGGCGCCGCCUCCUCGUGGCAGUCGAAUAAGACAUGGGACAAGGAGUAUCUGCUGCGCGUGUUUAAAGAUCAGACUGUGAAUGUUGCCGUGACGCCUUUUGGUAAUGCAGACGCCCCAACCGACCAUGAAGGAAAUGUCGUUUUCGCGAAGCCACACGAGGAGGAUCAGGAUUUCGAAGAGUUCCUCAACUAUGUAAUCAACCAAGAAAAGAGUAAAGAUACGGCCUCAGAAGUCAGAUAUGCUCAAACACAAUCUCAAAAAACAACUAACCCUCAAACCCCCCCAGAAAACGACAACCUCCGCAACGAGUAUCUCCCCCUCUUCACCCACGUACCCCCCUCCAUCCCCUUCGCCCGCAUCGCCCUCGACCGCGACCCGGACGCCAUCAACCUCUGGAUCGGCGCCUCCCGCUCCGUCACCGCCCUGCACAAGGACAACUACGAAAACAUCUACGUCCAGGUCCGCGGACGCAAACACUUUGUCCUCCUCCCGCCAUGCUGCCACCCCUGUGUCAACGAGACGGCCCUCGCGCCCGCGACGUAUUCUCGUCGGGGAGAAAAAGAUGGUGAGCUGGCGUUGAAUAUGGACCGGCCUGAAGGCAGCGAAGGCAGCGAAGGCAGUGAAGCAGAAAGAGGAGAAGGAGAUGAAGGAGAAGAAACGGCAACAUCAAAUACUAUCCCCUUUGCGACAUGGGAUCCGGAUCAGCCGCAGGUCAACGCGACGCCCUACUCUCACCUCGCUGAGCCUGUUCGCGUUACGCUGGAGCCGGGCGACAUGCUCUACCUACCCGCCAUGUGGUACCACAAGGUUUCCCAGUCCUGUCCGGAAGACGGUGAAGGCUUCGUCCUGGCCGUCAAUUACUGGUACGACAUGGAGUUCAGCGGUCCGUUAUACCCCCUCAGCGCCUUUGUGAGGAACGUCAGUCUCAAGACAGCACCGGCAACUUCAAAAGGCAAGACAACAUAG